AUGUCUAUUUAUAGGAAGCUUGUAAAAGAUAGCUCUUCGUCCCCUCUAUCAAACCACCCUUUUGAUUCGGAAAUGUCAGGGAUCGAAGAUGAAGAAGAGAAAUUAUUGUUAAAACAAGCUUUAAUAAUGUCACUGGAGACAAACGUAAAACUUCAAAACCACUUUGAAAUUGAGACGCAGCAUACUUUCAUUUGGCGAUAUGUGAUAAAACCCUGCUUAUUAAUAGCUCCGAUUUGCGCUGUUGCUCUAAUAUUAAAACACGAUGUACAAGCAAGAUUAAAUAUAUACGCAUCAGGUGGUGAUGAAGGCGCAUAG